GAGAGUAGGCGGAGCAGGGCGGUGCGGGGUGGCGUAGCGCUGGAGGGCAAUGGUGGCGGAGCUGCUGGGGGCGGAGGCAACGUAGCCCCCGCGGAAAAGGAGCCCCGCGGCGCCUGAGCCGAGCGGAGGAUGGAGAACCGGCCUGGGUCCUUCCAGUACGUCCCUGUGCAGCUGCAAGGGGGGGCGCCCUGGGGCUUCACCCUUAAAGGGGGUCUGGAACACUGCGAACCGCUCACGGUGUCGAAGGGUGUAUUCCACUCAUCAUUUAAGACCAAGUGAAACCUUAGGCUUACUGGAGAGGGGUUUUCAGCUCUCUUCUUGUUUCCAGAGCUCACUGAAUAUACCUCGGGAAAGCAGAGAGGUGAAAAGGAAAGAACCCAGAUUAUGGAGUCAACCAUAAUGGAUUGAAGAUGGCGGCAAGGCAGCCUUGUCCCAGAAGAUGAGGACUGGUGAUGAGCUGGUGAAUAUCAAUGGCACUCCAUUGUAUGGCUCCCGCCAAGAGGCCCUCAUCCUCAUCAAAGGCUCCUUCAGGAUCCUCAAGCUGAUUGUCAGGAGGAGAAACGCCCCUGUCAGUAGGCCGCACUCAUGGCAUGUGGCCAAGCUGCUGGAGGGAUGCCCUGAAGCGGCUACCACCAUGCAUGUCCCUUCUGAAGCCUUCAGCUUGUCCUGGCAUUCCGGCUGCAACACAAGUGACGUGUGUGUGCAGUGGUGUCCACUCUCCCGGCACUGCAGCACUGAGAAAAGCAGCUCCAUUGGCAGUAUGGAGAGCCUGGAACAACCAGGACAAGCCACCUAUGAGGGUCACCUCUUGCCCAUUGACCAGAACAUGUACCCUAACCAGCGUGACUCAGCCUACAGCUCCUUCUCGGCCAGCUCAAAUGCCUCUGACUGUGCCCUUCCCCUUAGGCCAGAGGAACCAGCCUCUACAGAUUGCAUCAUGCAAGGCCCAGCGUUAACUAAGACCCCUAAUGGCAGACCUAAUGUGGCUGAGUCCUCAGGAGGUAGUCGGCGCACCAAUGGGGGCCAGCUGACUUCCAGCUCCCAGAUGUCAUCCCGCCCACAGGAGGUUCACCACUCAGGGCCUGCCAAGGCAGCCAAGGGCCCACCACAACCUCCAGUGAGGCGAGACAGUCUUCAGGCCUCCAGAGCCCAGCUCCUUAAUGGAGAGCAGCGCAGGGCUUCUGAGCCUAUGGACUCUUUGCAACAGAAGGAGAAACCAAGCCUAGAUACUGAGCUAUGCCCAAGGAACCCUCACAGGUUCUGCUGCCUCAAUGGACAAGACCAAGUGACAAACGAGGGCCAUCAGAAUUGUGAGCUCAGCCAACCUCCUGAAUCCAAUCAACAGGGCUCUGAGCACUUACUGAUGGAGGCCUCAAGCAAAGCUGUUGGAUUUCAAAAAUCAUAUGAUUCCAGCCCACCCAGCAAGGCUUCAGCAGAGAUAGCUAAGAGUUCUUCUUUUGGCAGCCCUCCACACCUCACAGGACCCACAGGCCAUCGCCAUAGUGCCCCUGAACAGCUGCUUGCAUCCCACUUGCAGCAUAUGCACCUUGAUACUAGGGGUAGGCAGGGGAUGGAGCUCCCAACUGGACAGGAUGGGCAUGAGUGGACUCUGUCCCCAUUGCAUAGCAGCCAUACAGGAAAGAAAAGUCCAUGUCCUCCUAUAGGAGGAACCCAGGACCAGCCCAGCAAAGAGAGAAAGACCAGGCCAGUGGAUGAUAGGCCUAUGGGUUCGGGACACCAGAGGUCAAGCAGCUCCCCUCAUGAAGAAGCUGGUGGACAUCCUCCAGAAAGAUGUUUUCAGGAUCCAAACAGAGUAAACAGAGCAGGCAAUGAAUUGCCCAGCCAGCAGCCCUCUGCCUCUGGAUCUCUUGUUCAGCAAACCAGGGACUGUUCUUCAACCACUAAAGUAGCUGGCACCACAGAGGCAACUGAAGAAGGGGACAAUGAGCCCAAGGAGUGUAGCCGGGUGGGUGGUAGGCGAAAUGGAGGGACCCGGGGACGCUCAAUCCAAAACCGACGGAAGAGUGAGCGCUUUGCUACCAACCUGCGGAAUGAAAUUCAGAGGAGGAAGGCCCAGCUCCAUAAAAGCAAGAGUCCCUUAUCACAGCUGUGUGACACUAAGGAGCAAGUGGAAGAGGCCGAGGAGCCCCUAGAAAGUCCUCUACUUCCUGCCUCUAAUUCACCUUUGCUACCUUCAUAUAAAAAACCACCUAGCCCCAGAGAUAAGCUCUUUAACAAGAACAUGAUGCUUAGGGCUAGGUCUUCAGAGUGCCUUAGCCAAGCCCCUGAGAGCCAUGAAUCUAGGAUAGGCUUGGAGGGCCGAAUGAGCCCUAGCCAGAGGCCUGGCCAGUCCUCUUUGGGUCUGAACACCUGGUGGAAAGCAUCUGAUUCAUCCUCUUCAGACUCUGAGAAAACAAGUGUCCACCGUGGAGUCUGUGGAGGUCAUUGGAGAUGGUCUCCAGAGCACAACCUGCAGCCGCAUGUGGCACUAGCCACAGAAAGCUCUUCCAGCCCAGGAGAUAACAAGGAAUUGAAGGCUUCUACUGUCCAAGCCGGGGAGGAAGCCAUCCUCUUGCCCUUUGCAGACAGAAGAAAGUUCUUUGAAGAGAAUAGCAAAUCCCUAUCUACAUCUCAUUUGCCAGGUUUAACCACUCAUAGUAAUAAAACUUUUACCCAGAGACCAAAACCUAUAGACCAAAAUUUCCAGCCAAAGAGCUCCAGCUAUAGGGAAUUGAGGCGCCAUCCCAUGGACCAAUCAUAUCAUCCCACAGACCAACAAUAUCAUGCCACAGACCAAUCAUAUCAUUUCAUGUCAUCCCUUCAGUCAGAAACUCCUACUUACUCAGAAUGUUUUGCAAGCAAAGGACUAGAACAAUCCAUGUGUUGUAAGCCACUGCACUGUGGUGAUUUUGAUUACCACAGGACCUGCUCUUACUCCUGCAGUGUCCAGGGAGCUGUAGUACAUGACCCUUGCAUUUAUUGUUCUGGGGAGAUCUGCCCUGCUUUGCGAAAGAGAAAUAUGAUGCCAAACUGCUACAACUGUCGGUGCCACCACCACCAAUGCAUUCGGUGUUCGGCUUGCUAUCAUAAUCCCCAGCACAGUACCCUCGAGGACAGCAGCUUGGCACCUGGCAACGCUUGGAAACCCAGGAAGCCAACAGUGCAGGAAUUUCCUGGGGACAAAUGGAAACCAGUAACAGGAAACAGGAAGACCAGCCAGUCAGGGAGGGAAAUGGCUCAUUCCAAGGCUGACUUUUCAUGGGCAACCCCCUUCCAUCCUUGCCUUGAGAACCCAGCAUUGGACUUAUCAAGCUACCGAGCAAUCUCUUCUCUUGACCUCCUUGGAGAUUUCAAGCACUCCUCGAAAAAAACAGAGGAAACUUCAGUUUAUGAGGAGGAGAGCUCCAUGGCCUCCAUGCCCCACCCACUGCGCAGCCGUGCCUUCUCAGAGAGCCAUAUCAGCUUGGAUCCCCAGAGCUCCCGGGCCUGGGGGCAGCCUAGGAGGGAGCUCUUUACCAAAGUUGAUGAAACCCAGCUAGAUCCUUUGGGAACCAGGAAGAAGGCCUUUCCUCCUCCUCGUCCUCCUCCUCCCAACUGGGAGAAGUAUAGGCUCUUCCGUGCAGCCCAGCAGCAGCAACAGCAGCAGAAGCAGCAACAGCAGCAGCAAGAGGAAGAGGAGGAGGAGGAGGAAGAAGAAGAGGAGGAGGGGGUAGAAGAGGAGGAGGAAGAGGAGGAGAGAGGAGAGGAGGAGGAGUUGCCACCCCAGUAUUUCAGUUCAGAAACCACUGGUUCCUGUGCUCUCAAUACUGAGGAAGUCCUGGAGCAGCCACAAACCCUGGGCUUUGGUCACCUGGAGGUCUCAAGGCAGGGUACACAAAGCCUCCCAGCAGAGCAAGAGUCUUUUACUCUCCAUUCCAGUGAUUACCUGCCGCCAAUAAGGGGCCACUUGGGAUCUCAACCUGAGAAGGCUCAGCCCCCUUGCUAUUAUGGCAUUGGUGGGCUUUGGAGGACAUCGGAGCAGGAGACCACUGAUCCCUCCAAACCAGAAUCCUUGAUGGCAGAAGACUCCAAACCCAAGCCAGCAUGGAGCCAGAGCUACUUGUUUCCUGAAGAGCAGUUGUCCUUCAUGGGCUGGCGCUCCGAGAAGCAGCACCUCAGUCCCUUGGGCUUCAGUGAACUCAAGACAACAGGGUCUGCUGCUACACUUGUCAAGCCCCUGGGUGCCACUGGUUCCAUUCCCCCCCCAUAUUAUUCUGCAACUAUGGAGGAGGCUGGGGCCAUUGGGGAUACAUCAGAAGUGGAGAGAUGCUAUUCCUUCUCAGGCAGAAGGCCUGCUCUACAGCAGGCAGUCUCAGAAGAGCUCAUGAGAGAUGUGGUGGGCCGUGACAAGUCCCUGGCAGGGGUGCUAACCCCAGCCUCCAACAUGGUGACCACUGCUGAGGUCAUGGGUGACCUCUUUGCUGUGGGAGAUCUGCAGUGGAGGGGCCAUCUCAAGCAGAAGUUGUACCACCAGGAAAGAAGAAAUUAUCGGAAUGUCCAGGAAAGCCACAGGGUGCCUUUGCAAGAAUUUCAGCGCUUCUCGCCUCCUCAAGGGGCCCCAGGGAUUUCUACCUCUUACUCAGCUUAUUACAAUAUUUCUGUGGCCAAGGCAGAGCUGUUGAACAAGUUGAAAGACCAACCCGAAAUGGCAGAGAUUGGCCUAGGAGAGGAGGAAGUAGACCAUGAACUGGCUCAAAAAAAGAUACAGCUUAUUGAAAGCAUUGGCAGAAAACUUUCUGUCCUACGGGAGGCCCAGCGAGGAUUGCUGGAGGACAUCAAUGCCAAUUCUGCCCUUGGGGAAGAGGUGGAGGCCAACCUAAAAGCUGUCUGCAAGUCCAAUGAGUUUGAAAAAUACCGUUUGUUUAUUGGGGACCUGGAUAAAGUGGUCAACCUGUUGCUGUCACUCUCUGGACGGCUGGCCCGGGUAGAAAAUGCUCUCAAUAGUAUUGAUUCAGAAGCUGACCAGGAGAAGUUGGUGCUGAUAGAGAAGAAGCAGCAGCUGACAGGGCAGUUGGCAGAUGCCAAGGAGCUGAAGGAGCACAUGGACCGGAGGGAGAAGUUGGUGUUUGGCAUGGUCUCCCGCUACCUGCCUCAGGACCAGCUCCAAGAUUAUCAGCACUUUGUGAAGAUGAAAUCAGCUCUCAUCAUUGAACAGCGAGAGCUAGAAGAGAAGAUCAAGCUUGGGGAAGAGCAGCUCAAAUGUCUCAGGGAGAGCCUACUCCUGGGGCCUAGCAAUUUCUAAUUCUGCCAGCAGACUGUCAACAUCAUCACUGCCCAGCCACAAUGGGAAGUGCUUUCAAUCUUUGUUAGCAGUUUGUUAGCAAAUAGAUAGCAGUUAGUUAGCAGUUUGUUCCGUAUCCUCUACCCUGGAUGUCUCUCACUGCCCCUUACCAAGCAGUGCACCCACCCAGCUAGGAGACUCUGGGGAGACCCCAAACUUCUACCCUAGGAAGUAGAAGCAAGAAGUAGAAACUGUAAUAGAGUGUGAUCAUACAACCACACUCUUUCCCACAGUUUGCACAGCAAGCACUUAGCACACACAGAACCAACAAAGUGCCUUCAUUCUUCUUUGUACUCGGAUAUCAGAGACAUCAUGCACUCACCACCCACCCACACCAUAAUCAGCCUUUCUAGGCUCAGAGAGAAACUGCGAUGCAGCUCCACUCUGCCCCAAGGCUCACGGCCCAGUCAUUCCCCACAGAAAUUUGACUGUCUUGAGGGCAUUAACCUACUGGAAUUUCAGGGCUUUACUCAAGCUUUGCAGUGGGAAGCAAAGAAGGAGGAAUUUUACUUAACAGAAUGUGAGCAAAAGAUUUGGGAUCCCCAGAUGCCCUGCUGGGUAGAGCUAGGCUUAAUGAAAUUGGCCUCAUCCCCACCUUCCCCAGCAUCUGCAUAAAGGGGAAGAGGCCCACUGUCAGCCCUGGCUAGUGUGGCUCUCCUCCUGUCCUAAGACUUUGGACCUACCACUUCCUGUUUCAUCUUGUCUUUGUAUUGCUGGGGUUACAGGUGGCUACCUUAAGGGCUUCACACUAUGGGCCAUGAAUAGCUCUGCUAAAGCUGACUUCUGCAUACAUGUUUCAUUACUGGGGGGAAGGGGUUCUUAUUGUUAUAUUUUAAAUGUCCUUUUGACUUUAUUUAUUUUUAUUGUUUUUUCUUCUUUUUUUAACUAAUAAGGUGAGAAGAGGGGAGUUAGGGAAAAGUUAGUCCAGAAGGAAAGCAUUUUCUGUAGAUCAGCCUGAAUUCACCAUGGCUAGGUAACCAGGUGUCAAGGCUUUGAAUUAUUACCACCAUAGCUGACAAGUGUCUAAGAAAGUUCUCACCUUAAAUUCAGAGCUUCUCCACUAUGGCCUGGUCCUACACUUCCAUUGAAGUAUGGAUAACCAUGAGCUUAGCAUUCACCAACAGGGUCCAAUUUUUCUUACUUAUUUUUCCUUGAAACCAAAGAAAUCUGAAACUGACCAAGGUCCACCUAUUUCUCCAAGUCUUCAAGCUAAGGAAAGGGGAGAGAUAAGCUCAGGAGUAACUCCUCUACCGAAUUGCUUUCUCAGCUUGUGGCCUGGCUCAGGGAACCAAAAUCCAUGGUAGCAGAAAGCUCCAGUCAGGGCCAGCCCCCAGUACAAAUCAUGAACCAGCCAGGAUCUGAGGCAGACAAACUGAUGCUGCUGCUGUUGCCUAGUUCCUGGCACUGGUAGCCAGUUUCUGUCCUGGGAAAGCCUUCAGGCGAAGGCAGGAAGGUAGCUGUGGCCAAAUUGUCCUGUUAUACAGCUUAGUUCCCUAUUCCUUACUAACUGGCCCAUGCUUUGUAUUUCCCAGCCCUGCCCAGCAUCCCUGACAUCUGUUCUAGUCAUUUCUGAAUUCCUCACCAUCUUUGGAGGUUAACUGUAGCAGCAGGGGUGCCUCAAUUGACCAAAAGAAUUUGCCAAGGAAUUUUGCUGCUGCUACAAAUACUGGUUCCUAACUUCCGUUUCCUCCUCAUUGUAUUUGGAAACAAUGGAAGAAUCUUGGCCAACAGAGUGUCCUGAUGGGGGAGGGGGAUGAGUGUGCUCUUAGUAUACUGCUGCUGUCAGAACUACUGUUAAAAUGUCAACCUGCCAUUCUCCCCAUAAGUGGAGAAAUCUACUUUAUUCAGGAAGGCUGAUGGCUUGUAAAGGGCUAGGCUUACCCAAGCCAAGGUUGAGGAUGGUGGAGGAGUGCUUUUAAUAUAGGCUGUGGCUGCCAUGUUUUUAAAAA